AUGUGGAUUAAACAAAUUCGUUCAUUUUGUUACCUUAAACAAAUAAAAGGUGAAAAAGAAAUUUUGGAAUUUUGCAUUGGAAUGGUUGAUGUACCAAUAAAGAAUCCUGAAAAGAUCAAAUCUUUAAAAGAUCUUGUAGAAGCAUUAAAAUCAAAUAUUUCAUUCACAGUAUUUAAAAAUUCUUCUAAAAGAAAAUUGAAUCUUUUAAAAUAUAUUACGGAACGUGAAGGUGGUAAUACGGCGAAAUUUAUUGCAGAAUUUCGUGCACUUUGUUUUGAUGCUGAAAUCAUUGACUUGGAAGAACAAAAAAGAUAUCUCUUUCAUGCUUUACCUAAUGAUUUUUUUAGAAAUACUUUUAUUAAUAGAAAGAUGAAUAAUAUUAAUUCUUUGGAUGAUUUAAUUAAAAUGUUUGAAGAUAUUGUUCAAGAAGAAUCGAAUCUAAUUAGAAAUGGUUCUUGUGUUGCUAUAAAACAUGUUAAAACCGGAAAAUAUCUUUCUUCUACUACAAAAUAUCAUCAAACUGGAAGUGGAAAACAAAUAAUAUUUGCGGGUCAAACGUUACCAGAUUCAGAUGCAUUAUGGGUCAUUAAAGCUUCCCGAGAUCAAAUUUCCUAUAAUGAUAUGUUUUCAUUACAACAUAAAUCUACGGAUACUCUCAUUGGGCGUGAAUCUGUUUUUAAUGAACACUCUUUAUAUAAUGAUUAUAUAGACGGUGAUUUUGCUGAUCACGUUGAAGUGUAUUGUUCAACGCCUUCAAGAACUUUACAAUUCAAUUAUCAUUGGUUGUUUCAAAGAAUCAAUUAUACAAAAUAUGACUCCUCUUAUGUAAGAUCUAGCGAUAUCGUUAAUCUUCGUAAUGCAAAAGAUAAUACUUUUUUGCGUAGUCAUGAAUAUCAAAUUACUAUUUAUAAUGAGACUUUCCAAGAAGUUAUUUCUCAUGAUAAAAAACUUGAAGAUAGUGAUGAGUGGUGCAUUGAACUUGUUGAAAAUUUUUAG